AUGCUUUCCCAUUUACCGAUUGAGAUUCUAAAUCAGAUUUAUGGAAACUUGAACUUAAAUGAUAAACUUCAACUGGCUCAAGUCAGCGAAGAGCUUGGCCACGCAUUUGCCUACCAUAGUAAAUUGGUUUAUACGCAUGUGGACUGCGAUGUUUUUACAAAUGAUGUAUUGACAGUUUUUCUGCCGCUUUGCGGAGCGAGUGUUGUCCACAUGAAUACGACUGAAAAAACAUUCGAGAAGCCAAUUGUGGAGCUAAUAGUAAAGCACUGCACCAACUUGAAAUCUACCUGUGUGGAGGUUCCAACUGAUAAUUUGAAGGAGUUCAAGGCAUUUAUGGGCAUUAAAAGCCUAAGAAAAAUUGAAUAUUUUAAUAAAUUAAGGUGUAAUCAUAUAAUCGAAUGCAUUAAUACAGAUUGUAAAGAGUUGAAAGUGUUUCACAUAAGGAAUGGACAGGCACAACACAUUCCAAGACUGAUAAACUUGGAAAAACUGUACAUCAUUUGGCCUGAGACAAAAUAUGUAUUAAAUAUUUUAGAAAUAGCCUCACACUUAAAAAAACUUCGCUGCUUGGUGGUUAUAUAUACCAGCGUUUCAAUCUGCCAGAAAUUUGAUUUUUUAUUACCGGAAUUGGAAGAACUUGAGUUAUUGAAUUGCACAAUUUGUCCACAAGUAAUGCCAACAUGUCCAAAGCUCAAAUCG